AUGGACGACCAAGGAAGGCAGUCGACCGUGGCUGCGAACCAAUUCAACGCAUUCCACCGUUUGUUCCCGCAAAAUCUUGACCCGGCAGCGCGGUUCCACGAGGGGCUCGGCGCGGGCUUCCCCACGGCCAUGCCCGCUGCACAUGGCGGCGCCGGAAUCGUGCAGCAGCCACGAGGACUCUCCUCGGUGCCGCAGAGCCUCUACGCCAACCAGACCGUACCCACACCAACGACUUCAACGCCGCAGCAAUCAGCACCGUUCCUGACAAGCGCCCCGCCGCACCACAUCUCCCCGUAUACCAACCCUCAGCGCAGUUCCGCCUCGAAUCCGUCUCUCCAGUCGCCCAUGGCAGCCCCGCCUGUCCCGCCACAGCCCCCAGCGCUUCCCCAGCAAGCCCAGCAACCGCCGCCGCAAGCUCCCUUAAGCGCCGGACCCCAAUCGCAAUCGCAACCACAACCGCCACAGUCACCGCGCACGCAAGCGCGCGAACGAGAGCGCAUCUCGCUCCUCCUAGAGAUAAACCGUGAGCUGCUCCAGGAAGUCCUCCGGCUCCAGGCCGAGGGGAAGGGCGGCGACGUGCAAGCGCCGGCGCAGCCCGUAAAAGACGAGUCCAACGGCGCUGCACCAGCCAAUCCCGCGAAGAAGGCGGUGGCAGCGCCCGAGUAUACAGACUCAAUGCGCCGCCUCCAAGCCAACCUCUCCUACCUAGUCGCAACCUCGCAAAAGCCUCACAGUCCCCAGCUGGCAGGCCCGGCGAUCAUGAGUCCGCCGCCUUCGACCGCCCCGCCCGCGCUCACCGAGAUGUAUACCCGGCUGCAGGCGUUGUUUCCCGGGUGGAAGGGACAGCUGCAGCAGAGCAAGGCGUCGCCAACUCCGCAAGGGGGUGGGGGCGGGGGCGGGGGCGGAGGUGGAGGCGGAGCGGGCGCGCAGACGCAGGGCUCGCCGGGAGCGCAGGCGCUGCAGACGUGA